AUGAUUGCCAUUGCGCUGUAUCUAAGUGUGGCUGUCAUGGCGUUUUCCUUCGUCUUUGAUCAUUGGACAAUAGUCGAUAGCAUGUAUUUUGCCGUCGUGACGUUCACGACUAUCGGAUAUGGCGAUUUGACCCCAGAUACGUACGCGGGACGGAUCUUUACCUGCAUCUUCGCUCUCAGCGGGGUCGCUUGCCUAGGUAUCGCUCUCGGUGUGAUUGGGAAUCAUAUCAUUGAAGCACAAGAAACGGCCGUAUCACAAACUUCCGCACUCGCCAAAGCCCAUGCUACUCCGACGUCCACAUUUGGAUGCUUGUCUAGGUUUACAGUUUCGUUGCAGUGUUGGAGGCUGUUAUGGGAAUUGGUUGUCGUGUUGGCCCUGGUCUCAUUUUUUGUCGCACUCGUUGCCAGCGAUCCCGGUAUUGAUACGACCAAAUGGGGCGAUGGCUUAUACUACGCAAUUAUCACUGCCUGUACGGUUGGCUAUGGUGACUUUGCACCAUCGUCGCAAGCCGGGCGAGCUCUAGCUAUUGUCUUCAUUCCUUUGGCCGUCGGUGCCAUGGGACAUUUUCUUUCUAUCGUCGCCAACUGGAUGAUUGAAGGUCGUCAACAGCGCUUUCACAAACACAUGCAGGCCAAGGAACUUACGAUGCAAGACUUAGAGGUAAUGGAUGAAGAUGGAGACGGAAAAGUUACGCGAGCGGAGUUUAUGGAAUUCAUGCUGGUCGCCAUGAACGCUAUUGAUCAAUCGUUGAUUGAUGAAUUACGCGAUCAUUUUAGACAUCUUGAUCAAGAUAAUUCGGGGUCUUUAAGCCGGCAGGACUUGAUUGCGGCG